CCUAAUUAUAGUUAAUGGCAAUUAUGGGAUUUGAUGAUCAUGAGGAGCGUGGCACUGUGUGCGUUACAGGGGCAGCUGGUUUCGUUGGUUCUUGGCUUGUCAUGAAGCUCCUCCGACGAGGCUACUUUGUUAAUGCUACAGUCCGAGAUCCUGGCAAUGUGAACAAGGUGAAGCAUUUGCUGGAUUUGCCCCACGCUGAGACACGCUUGAAGUUAUGGAAGGCAGAUCUUGUCGAUGAAGGGAGCUUCGACGGAGCCAUCCAAGGUUGCACCGGAGUCUUCCAUGUUGCUACUCCCAUGGAUUUCGAAUCCAAAGAUCCUGAGAAUGAGGUGAUAAAACCAGCAGUGAAUGGGAUGUUGAACAUCAUGAGGUCAAGUCUCAAAGCAAAGACGGUUCGGAGGAUUGUAUUCACUUCAUCUGCUGGUACUGUUAACGUACAAGAACGCCAACUACCCAAUUACGACGAGAGCUCAUGGAGUGACUUGGAAUUUAUUAGGAAAACGAAGAUGACUGGAUGGAUGUACUUUGUCUCCAAGGUAUUAUCGGAAAAAGCAGCAUGGGAAUUUGCGGAGCAGAACAACAUGGACUUGAUCACCAUUAUACCAACUCUUGUGGUUGGGCCAUUUAUCACACCUUCGAUGCCUCCUAGCUUGAUAACAGCACUUGCACCAAUCACUGGAAAUGAAGCUCAUUACUCAAUUCUGAAGCAAGUUCAAUUUGUUCACUUGGAUGACCUUUGCAAUGCUCAUAUCUUCUUGUUUGAGAAUCCUGAAUCAAAGGGUAGAUACAUUUGCUCCUCUGAUAAAUCCACCAUCAUUGAUCUUGCAAAAAUGUUGAGAGAGAAAUUCCCAGAGUACAAUGUUCCAACUGAGUUCAACUACCCAGGUGAAAGCUUGGAAGUAGUAGAUUUCUCAUCAAAGAAGCUUACAGAGCUUGGAUUUGAGUUCAAGUACAGUUUAGAAGACAUGUACAUGGGAGCCAUUGAAUCAGCUAAGGAGAAGGGAUUGCUUUCCCCUUCUAAUCCAACCAAAGUAAAUGGCAAGAGCUCAAAUGCUAAACCAAACUCUGAGGAAACUGAGAAAAUCAAUGGCAUCAAAGAGGAAUUAAAACGAGGGGCUGUGGAGAUUGGGAAUUAGAUAUGCGCAUCAUCAUAGUA